GAACAAGCGAAACUGCAGAACAGUGUGGUAUUGAUGAUCCGGGCUUUGAUAUUAGGAGUUCAGUAUUUAACUCUGAAAGUUCAGAAGAUAGUGAUGAAUACAUUGAAUUUGAACCUCCAAUUGUGAACUCAAAGAAUAUUGUCAAAGAAAGUCCUUACAAAAUCGAGGAAUCACAUGAAGUCGAGAGCGAAGUGAUGGCAUUCGUUGACAAUUUACAAGAAGAGGCUUCAAACAGUAGGUCGUGGGAUUCAGAUUCCGAGGAUGAUGAUGAAUACGAUAUCCUGUUAGAACACCAGCAUUUAGUACAACAAAUGAAAAUGGAGCUAAAAAAUUCCAGAAGCAAAGGGCUUCCAACUAUAUCAGAAGAAUGUGAAACUCCUAAGAUGGUAGAAGAUUUAAAGCCUCUAAAAAUUGAUGACAAGUUUGAGUACAAAGAUGUUAUGGAGGAAAUUCAGAAGUUUUACAAGAGCUACAAAGAACGAAUGCGCAAAUUGGACAUCUUGAAUUACCAGACUUUAAAUGCUAUCAGUUUCCUCCAGCUGAAGGAUUCGGAAGUAUUUCCCUCGGUCAAGAAAAAAUCAGCUUUAACACUAAAACCAACUUGGCCAAUGAAAGUACACAGAGUUUGUGUUGAUCCAACACGUAAAUCGAUUGUCGAAAUGCAUCGGGAUUUAGAAUUGGUGUAUGUUGGACAACUUUGUCUUUCAUGGGAAAUUCUGUGCUGGCAGUACGUAAAAGCCAAAGAGUUACUCGAGUAUGAUGCUCAGGGGUUUCACUCUUAUAAUCGAGUAGCUGAGGAAUUUCAACAGUUUCAAGUACUCAUGCAAAGAUUUACGGAAGAUGAACAAUUUCAAGGUCCCAGAAUUCAAAACUACGUGAAGAACCGGUGCUUGAUUCGAAGUCUUCUUCAGGUCCCAAUCAUCAAAGAUGAUUGCUUGAAGGAUAAGAAGGAAAGAAGAGAGGAAACAGAUGCAAUUUCACUUGAAUUGAUAACCGAGAUCAUUAGCGUAUCAAUGCUAAUUUUCUGGGAAUUUCUUCAUGCUGAUAAGAGCACGAAAACUAUUGACUUAAAGGGCAUUCAAGAAGCUAAAAUUGAUCUUCGAGAACCCGCAGAUUCAGAGCUUAUAUUGGAUAUCAUUACGAACCUUCAAAAGAAGGAGAGAAGACUUAAAGAAAUCGCAAGAAGUCGUAAUUGCAUAGUGAAGAAGUUUCAAAAGCACCGAGAAUGUCAAUUGAAUAACGCGCUUUUCACUUCUCGGGUGGAGUUGAGAUUGGUAUCGAAAGUACUAGGUUUGUCGAGAUUAACAAUGGAUCAAUUAGUAUGGUGUCAGAAGAAACUCAACAACAUUAAUUUUGCGAGCAGAAAGGUCAUCGUGGAGCCUUCGUUUUCGCUUUUUCCUUGCUAAAAUCUCCAGUUGUUGCCUGUAAAUGAUACAUAUAUUCCACUUGUAGAUUCUGGUUUUCAGUGAUAAAAUGAAGCCAGUAUACAGGAAUUUCUCAUGCAAAACUAGUCGCAUUAUAGUCUAGUGAAUCAGUAGGGACAUAGUAUGCAGAUAAUGUAUGCACAAUGUUUGAUAUGUGCAUUCCCUGUCUGAUUCUGCAUUUCAGAUUAGGACAGUUUCCAAUGUUCUGUAUUACAAGUUAAUACUCCUAAGAAUAUGCAAAUGAACAAAAGAACAAUUUUAGCACA